UACCAUUCUCUCUCACAACUGCACUCUCCUUUUCUCAUCCCACAUCAAAUAAUAAUUUGAAGAGUGCAGAAAUUGCCACUCUACCGACUGACAGACUAGUUGAGCAGUCACUACACAUACUUACUAGUAAACAAACCAGCUUCAAGAUACUGAUAAAAAAUGCUCGGGCUGAUAGUGACAGGGGUCCUUGGUGGGUUGAUAAUCUAUUUCAUCAACAUGUAUGUAAAACGAUCUCAGAGCUACUGGAAAGAAAAAGGCGUGCCCUUCCUACCACCAGGAUCGAUCCUCUUCGGAAAUAUGAGUGAUGUGGUUCUAAGGAAGGCCAGCAUGGGUGAGAACCUCAUCAAAAUCUAUAGAGAGCUGGAUGGUCAAAAAUUCGGCGGAUAUUUCCAAUUUCAAACACCUGUGCUGAUGAUACGGGAUCCUGAGCUCAUAAAUUAUUUUCUCAUCAAAGACUUUGGCCAUUUCCAUGAUCGCAACAUGCCCACCAGUGAGGACUUUGAUCUGAUGGGGAGCAGCCUGGCCAGUCUAACGGGCCAACGCUGGAGGUCUCUCAGGUACAAGAUGACCCCGACCUUCACAUCCGGCAAACUCAAGAGGAUGUUCUCGCAGAUCGUGAGCUGCUCGGAUGCCAUCAUCGACCACGUGUCGACUCUGCCGAGGGGCGAGGCUGUCGAGGUGCGCGAUCUCAUGUUCAAGUUCACCAUCAACGUGAUUGGAUCGGUUGCCUUCGGACUUCAGAUAGACUCGCAUAAAGCAGUCGACGGCAGAAACAAGGUGUUCAUAGACAUGAGCAAACGCUUCUUCAAACCAUCCAUGAUACAAUUCCUCAAGUUCUUCCUACGCAUGUCCUAUCCUCGUUUAAUGGAGGCACUGGGUAUGAGAAUGAAUGACCCAGAAAUGAAUGAGUUCUUCUCGACGCUGGUAGCUGACAUCAUACGACUUCGCCAAGCUGAGGAGAAGGAUGCCAAGAGCAGCAAUAAGAAACGAGAUGACUUUCUGCAGUUGAUGAUGGAUAUUCGCAAAAGUAGCAAGAACAAGGAUGAGGCAGCACCAAAGUCCAACGUCAAAGAGGAACAAAUGGAGGCUGAAGAUCAUGCACUCUUGGACCAGUUUAAGCAUGUACCAAAUGACGGAAAACAGGCUUACGACAUAGAAAUGACAGAUGAAAUAAUGACGUCACAGGCAUUCAUAUUCAUAGCAGGCGGCUCAGAGACAACAGCAGCAGUACUGCAGUUUGCACUCUUCGAGAUGGCACACAAACCGGAAGUUCUGGCAAAAGUGCAUCAGGAGAUUGACGAGUUUACAGCAGGCGGACAAUUCACCUACGAAGCUGUCAGGGACAUGAAGUACUUGGAGAACGUUCUGAAUGAGACUCUCAGACUGCAUCCACCAGGCUCCAUUCUAGCGCGAUUCUGCACAGAAAGCUACAAGAUACCGGGCACCGAUAUAGUGCUGGAGAAGGGCAGUCAGAUCAAUGUGCCGGUUAUCGGCAUUCACUUGGAUCCCAAGUACUUUCCGCAGCCUGAAGAGUUCAUUCCCGAGAGAUUUGACAAGGAAAUGCCGAAAGGUGUGUUCUUCCCGUUCGGAGGUGGACCCAGGAUUUGCAUUGCAAUGCGGUUGGCCAUGUUGCAGAUGAAAAUAUUCCUUGCUCGCCUGCUGAUGAGGUACUCGGUCACUUUGAGCGACAAAACUACAGUUCCACUGAAAUUGAUGAGUGAUUCUAUUGUACAGCAUGUCAAAGGUGGUGUUUGGCUGCACUUCGAGCCAAGAAAAUUAUAGUAAAGUUACAAAAAAAAACUACAGCAAUAAACUUAUUGAAGAGCAAAGGGCUCAAAAAUUAUAAAUAACAAUUCAGUGCCUAACCUCUCUUUUUGUUGAAGCAUACUUCAACAUAAUUUUGUUUGAUAAAUACAUGCAAUAAAAUUAAUUCACAACA